ACAUAAUUAGGCACAGAAGGUGUUUACAUGAGACUGAUGUCGAUGGCCAAAUUGGUGAAUUGAUUUUAAAGUAAACCUAUUGUGAUUUAAAUUAAUCCGAAUGCAAUAACAAGAACCGCCCCGGGAGAGUGAGCGCCCAACCCCUAUUGUCAAUUCCGAGUUGAUGAUCUACCUAAAACCACAGCACCGAAAGUGCUUGACUCAUAAAUAUCCUAUUAAAUUACUAUAGGGACUAUGUGAUCAUAAUCCCUCAAAGUUACAGAAUAGGACUAAAUGGCAGCCGUCUUGGUCAAGGAGAAUUAUCAUUAUCAUUCCUAAUUAUAUGGUUUGACUAAAGCAGUGACGACUCGGAUACCACGGUUUCUACCUCCCGCCCCGCGGACACAGUGAGUUUGACUGUCUCGCUGUCAGCGCAGCGGUGAAUGCUGGUUUGUUUGGCCACCAGCGAACAGUUGCGUUUCGGCUCUACGUGUACAUGCAAGGUGUGACAAAUGCCAUCUAGCGUAAACUACUCCUGGAACAAUUAAACAGCCCACCCUUGGAUUUGAAAGGAAUUCUAUAGACUUCGAGUGAUUGGCAUUGGUUUUUGGCUUGUUUCUGUUGUUCCAUCUUGUAGAGACUGAGAAAUAACUGCCAACAUGUCUAGGGAUCAUGACAAUGUGAAUAAGCUGACCGAAAGUACAUACAAGAAUGUGAUGGAGCAGUUGAAUCCGGGACUGAGGAACCUUGUCAAUCUGGGGAAGAACUAUGAGAAAUCUGUAGCCGUGAUGACUCUUGCUGGGAAGGCGUACUUUGAUGCUGUGUCAAAGAUAGGAGAGACUGCUUCCGUGUCCCCUGUCUCCAGAGAAUUAGGUGUGGUUCUGAUGGAAAUCUCUGAGGUGCACAAGAAGGUUCACCUGGAGCUGGAGGAGAAUUUCAAGCAGUUCCACAAAGAAAUCAUUUCUGAGCUGGAGAGGAAAACAGAGAUGGAUGUCAAAUAUAUGACUGCAACAUUCAAGCGGUACCAGUCAGAGCACAAAAUGAAGCAGGACUCUCUGGAGCGCUCUCAGACGGACCUGAAGAAGCUGCGGAGAAAGACCCAGGGAAAACAAGCCACCAAGUAUGAGAAGAAGGAGAACGAGUAUAUAGAGACCAUCUCGUCUCGGCAGAGUGACAUGCAGAAGUUCAUCGCUGACGGCUGCAGAGAGGCCCUCCUGGAGGAGAAGAGACGAUUCUGCUUCCUGGUCGACAAACACUGCACGUUCUCUUACCAUGUCAACACCUUCCACGAGAAGGCCAAAGAGCUGCUGGCAGUGAAGCUGCCCAGCUGGCAGGAUAAAUGCAAAGAUGCCACCAAGGUCCCCGACACAGUAUUGACCAUGCUAGAGGGGCUCCGCACCCCCAUGUCUGGGACCCCAGAAGCCUCGCCUCUCGUCGAACGCUACAACAGGAACAACAGGGACUCAAUGGUUCCUCCACCAGCCCCCCAGCUGAAGGCCCAGAUCAGUCCACUGGCUAAUAUGUUCAACCAGGACGUCCCCCACGCCUCCUUCACAUCCACAUCUACAUCAGACCACAACUCAGGCCAGAGCAGUAUGGAGAACAGUGGAAGCCUGUCUCUAUCCCGGUCAGUGUCGAUAGGUUCUGGGCUGAACGUGGGCAGGAAGCCACGGGUCAGGACCAUCUUCCCCCACACGGCCGGCAACAACGACACACUCCUGUCCUUUGAUGAUGGUGACAUCAUCAUACUGCUCAUCAAGGAGGAGAAGGACGGAUGGCUAUACGGAGAGCUGGAGAAGACCCGGCAGCGGGGCUGGUUUCCCUCAUCUUACUGCCGACCUUACAAUGAACCAUUGAUCUCAAACAGUUUGGGGACACCGGUGCGUCGUCUGAGUGUGGCCAGUCUUCCGGAACAGGAAGAGGAGGAGCCUGUUUUGCUGCCACCGCCAGACUACAGCGACAGGACAGGGAACAGCCCUGUCAGCCUGGUCAGCGCCUCCACACCCUCACCCAAAAACACGAUCUCUCUACCCAAUGAGGUUGGAAAGGUUCCCUUUCUGGGAGGUGGGAAUCCCUUUGCCACUGUCAAACUGAGACCCACAGUGACCAACGACAGAUCAGCACCCAACGUCUAAUAACCAGAGCUCAUCCAGACAGAGGAAUGAUAAAGCACCACCAACACUCCAGAAUUACAGUCCAACAAUAUGUCCACAAAGCAUGGAUUCUACUCCGCUUCAGCAAACCAGCUACAUUGUAGCUAGCUCCAUUGUACCCGAGCCAGCUCCAUUGUAGCCAGCUCUGUUGUAGCCAGCGCCGUUGUUACUAGCUCCGUUGUAGCCAGCUCCAUUGUAGCCAGCUCCGUUGUAGCCAGCUCCGUUGUAGCCAGCUCCAUUGUAGCCAGCUCCAUUGUAGCCAGCUCCAUUGUAAAACAGAGUAGUGAAGUGACAAUGAUUAUGGGCAGUGCUGAAACAUAAUAAAAUCCAGGCUACCUUCCUCACUCUUUUGCGUUCAGAUUGUUUUUUAAAUAAAUAUAUAUACAGUCGCUAGUGAAAGUCUACACACCCUUUGCAGAGUCUUCAAAGUUUGUUGCCUUAAAAUGUAAUCUACAGAGGGAAUUAAAAAAAAAAUUCUACUGACCUACACUGACAUACACAACCUACUUCACAUUUUCAGACUGAAAGAUAAAUUAUACAACACCCCAGAGUUAAUACUGGGUGGAAGCACCUUUGGCAGCCAUUACAGCUGGGAAUCAUUUGUUGUACUAUUAGGGCAACAUUUAUCCAUUGUUUUGGCAAAAUUGCUCAAGCUCAUUACAUUUGGUUGGGAAUCAUUGAUGGACACCAAUAUUCGAACCGUGUCUCUGAUUUUCGAGCAAAGUUAGUCGGGACUGAGAGUGGACUACUGAGGAACACUCAAGACCUCUUGGAAAACAUUUUGGAGUCUUCGGCAUUAACAUUUGUGUAAUUGUUCCGCAAAAACAUCUAUCCCAGGGUUAGGUUUUCAGAAGACUGAGGGAGGGUUUUCUCUAACUUCUUACCUGGACUUUGCUCCUUUCAUAUUUAUUUUUGAUCAUGACAAACUCCCCAGUCCCUGCCGUUGACAAGCUAUAACCUAUAACAUGAGUUAUUAUAUGAUAAUUUACUGCUCUUGAGCAAUUUUGACAAAAACGAUGGAUAUAUAUUUCCCUAAGAGUUGUCGAGAGUUGGAAUUUUAUUCCAAAUGAUUAACAGCUGUAAUGGCUGCCAACAGUGUUUCCACCAAGUAUUAACUCUGGGGUGUGAAGUCAUACACAAUAAAGACUUCUUUAAAAAAAAAAAAUCAUUGAACAUUUUCUGUAAUUUAUUUCACUGAAAAUGUGGAUUAGGUUGUGUACAUCGGUAGGAAGGCAAAAUGAUUAUUAGUUUAUUUUUGUAAUAUUUGGGGAGUGUUGACCUUCUCAAGGCACUGUAUUCUGUCUGUAGACCUUCUCGAGACACUGUAUUCUGUCUGUAGUAGUUGUAGGAAUGAGGCACAGGGACACUAGUUGGGGAAAGAAGUGCUACAUUUUUUGCCAUAUUUAUUUUUUCAUUAUGACGUAACCAUUUUUCAAUGGGGAGGCUACUAUUUAUGCGUACAUUUUAAACAAAUUAGAGAUGUAUCAUUUUUUAAAAUUCAUUUCAUCAUAAAGAAGUCUACUCAGCCCCCACUAAGUGUAUUGAGUGUAAACAAUGAGAGUUUAUGGAAGAAUAAAUAUAUCUCAUGUAAGUUCUGUGUAAAAUGAAAAUAAGUGAUUUUUGAUUAGCCAUAGACUACUAAAUGAAUGUAUGCUGAAUGGGGAAUGGAUUGACAUAUGGACUCUGCUAUGCUAUUUCUUCAUAGUUUUAAAAGUAUUUUUUCAUACUUGUUUAAAGGUUCAUGAUGUUUAUAAAGUUGUAAGGAGACAAUGUAUCUUCAUUUUUUUCAUGGUAAGCUGAAGACUGUGUUUUACAAAUACACAAUUGUUGUAAAUCACAAUAACAUUGUUAUUGGUAGAAAUACCGUAUGAACCAUGCAGUAUAUCGAAAGAGUAUAUAGGUUUUUCUCUUCCUUCAGUGUAGAGGAAUUCAUGAUACACACUGCUGUCCAUGAUAAUUGAUGAUUCCCAAAUAAGUGUCUGGUUCUUCUUCUAUCUCUGUUCAGAUACUGAUGUGUAUUCUGUCAUUCUCUAAAGGUGACAAGGAAAAUGCUUUACCAUGGUGUUCUGUAGACUAAAGUUAUGUUAUCUCACAGUAAAACAGGAUAAACCUUAACAUGGUCUUUAUUUUUUUAAACAUUUUUUAAAAUUAAUGUACUGUCUUUGCAAUUUACUGCCAUAACCUACUGAAUAUCUGUAUGAAGACUGUAUAACUGACAAUGUUGUAUGUCCCUUAAUACAUGAGAUGAAAUUGAGAAUUUGGUUGUCUUUUAAUUGAAUGAGUCGUUUUUAUUUUAUAUUGAACGAAUGAGUAGGCUACCAUUCUUUCCUGCCCCAUAGUAAAUAGCUUUAAGUUAUGUUAAUUUGAUUGCCAUAAAUACUCACAUUAAUAUCUAAAUAAAGAUGUCUAUGUUUACCACUAGA